AUGAACCUGCAAGUGCGCAUCAUUCAAUCUCCCCUUAGCUUUAUCCGACAAGGAUUUACAAAGUCUUUCACCCACGGCUACGCCCAAUCGGUCGUCGCUGCCACUCACCCUCAUGUUCUAAACGCACAGAACCGGCCGUCGUUUGCGCGGCGGCGCAAUGUCGCCCGCGUUGGCCGUCUCUCUAGCCUCGGGCUCCAGUCCGCCUUCCACACUUCUUCCAGCCUCCCGGCUGCUAGCUCGCUAGAGCAGCGCCCGGACAAGGCCGGGAACCAUGGCGGCUUAGAUGCCUACUUCGAGCAGCUGCAAAAGUCCGAGGACGGCACCGAAAUCGACCAGGAAUGGGAAUCUGCCCCCCACGAUGAUGUCUCGACAACCCCGGCCGUCCCGCCCGAGGCCGAGGCAGCGCUGGCCCACAUUGAUGCUCGCCAUCGAACGGGAGAUCGAGGGCUCGGAGAGAGUUGGAGGAGCUCGGAGGAAAAAGGUCGAGUCUCUUCGCGCAACUUCACCAGCCCUGGGCAGAGCAGCUGGGCCGAAGAAAUUCGGGUCGGCGGGACUGGCCUCUCCCGGUCUCCAGGCCUUCAGACUCCUGGCAGCGUGGUUCGCACCCCCCUCACGCCUCCGGUUGACCCUCAGUCCCAGACCUAUGCCGACCACCUCGCCAAGCUUUCUGGGACUGGACGAUAUGUCGAGAUCCCGGCCGUCUUCGAGGCCAUGCUGGUCAGCGGUGUCCACCCCAUUCCGUCGGCCUACAAUGCCUUGCUUAUGGCCGCUAUCCACCUGCCCUUCGAGAAGUGGGAGAUUGUGACCAAGGCGUUGGAUGUCUACGCGGACAUGUUGCGCCGCAAGGUCUCCCCCGACAGCGACACGUACGACAUCCUCGUCGGCCUCCUCGCGUCCCGCUCCCUCGAGAUUGCCUCCCUCAAGCAGGCGCUCGAGGACAAGCGGCUGCGUUUCGGUGGCAUGGACGAGCCUGGCAAGUUCAUGUUCGCAUCUCAUGAGCUGGAACACGCCAUGCUUGUCGAGGAUGACCGCCUGGACCUGGCCAUGAAGCUUUUCACGUCCUCGGUCACGGCGAACAAGGCGUCGUACUCGUCCGAAACAUACCAUCAAUUGAUCUCGGCCUGCGCCCACGCCCGCCGGAUUUCCGACAUGCUCAAGCUUUUUGAGCACAUGGAGUCCAGCCAGACCGUCCCCUUUGCGGCCACCUUUCCUGCCAUGAUCACCGCGUUUGCCAGUUCCGGAGACCUCGUCAGCGCUGUCGAGUGCUACAACGAGUACCGCAACCUGGCCAUGGCGAACGACAAGGGUGAUCAAACGCUGAACGACCGCCUCGACGCGCAGGUCUACGCUGCUGUCAUCAACGCCUACAUCGUCUCGGACAAGGUCGAGGGUGCUAUGAAGUUCUACGAAAAGAUUAUACAAGAGUACAAUGCCAAGCCUGCCGAUAUCAAGGACGCCAUCAUCGCUGGUGGCUUUGUUAAGGGUUUCAUCGACCGUGGAAUUUACGUGGAAGCCCUUCACUGGGCUCAGCAGAUCGAGAGCUCAGCCAGGAGCUCGGCCAUGGGUGACCUCGCAACGGUAGCAGCUGACCGUGGCGAUAAGCAGACUGCCGUGGCUGCUUUCGCCAACCUGGCCCCCGCUGCGGCUGCCUCCUCUGCCGCCGCUCUGCUUGCCAUGAGCGUUCGUGAGGGCGACGUCGCUGCCGCUGCUCGGUAUUGGGACGCUCUCUGCAAUCCCCAGGUCAAGCCGACUUCGUCCUUCAUUGAGCCCACGGCCAUGUACGCGGUUGCCAUGAUCGGCACUGGCCAAGUUCUCGACGGCCUCACCCAGGCCGAGUUCAUGUUCCAACGGAUCCGCGACCACAACUCGCAGCUCACCGACGAAAUCGAGGAAGGCGUCCAAUUUAUUUCAAGAUUUAUGGCCGUCCGGGGCAUCGCCGACCCUCGGACCGCCUCCGUCGCCGCACCUGAGCUUUCCCAAUCGUUCCCCGCAUCACCGUAUCCUCAGACACCCGCGGCUGCCCGCCAAGAGGACAACACAUUCGACCCGUACGCUCACAACACGGACGCGAAAGCAUCCUUCCUCAUCACCCAAGAGCUGGAGGGCGCAUUUGGCCGCAAGUCGAAGUUGAAUGAAGCGCUCUCCCGCUUCCGGAACGUGCGCCGUGCCGGCCGACAUCCUCGCUACAUUGUGUACGCGAAGCUGAUCGCGGCCGCCGGCAAGGAGGAGAAGUUUGAUGUUUGCCAGGAGAUCUUGGCCAUGGCCCGCAACGAUGUUCCGCCGCUCCCGCAAUACCCCGUGGUUCGCUACGGCUGGUCAUCGAUUCUGGAUGCCAUGAUCGGUGCUUGCCUGACCCAAGGCCACAAAGCCCUGGCUGAAGACUACCACCAAGAGUUGCUCUCCAUGGGCGCCACGCCCUCGGCCAACACCUACGGUCUCUACAUCACCACCCUGCGAGAUUCUGGCAAGACGGUCGACGAGGCUUCCGAAGCUGUUAAGAUCUUCAUCCGUGCCAAGACGGAAGGUGUCGAGCCAACCUCUUUCCUGUACAACGCGUUGAUCGGCAAACUCGGCAAGGCACGCCGGAUUGACGACUGCCUCUUCUACUUCGCUGAGAUGCGUGGGCUGGGCAUCAAGCCGACUUCGGUCACGUACGGCACGAUUGUCAACGCGCUCUGCCGUGUCAGCGACGAGAAGUUUGCCGAAGAGCUGUUUGACGAGAUGGAGGCCAUGCCCAACUACAAGGCGCGCCCCGCCCCCUACAACAGCAUGAUGCAGUUCUUCCUGACGACCAAGCGGGACAAGGCCAAGGUCCUGGAGUACUACGAGCGCAUGAACGCGAAGGGCAUCGCCCCGACCGCCCACACUUUCAAGCUCCUCGUCGACACCCACGCCACCCUGGAACCCGUGGACAUGAAGGCCGCCGAGGCAGUGCUCGACAUGAUCCGUGCUUCCGGUCAACACCCCGAGGCGGUCCACUACGCGUCGCUGAUCCACGCCCGCGGCUGCAUCCUCCACGACAUGGAGGGCGCCCGCAAAGUGUUCGACUCCGUCAUGAAGGACCGCCUUGUCCCCGCCCACCCCUGCCUCUACCAGGCCCUGUUCGAGGCCAUGGUCGCCAACCACCAGGUCAAGAGCACCGAGCCCGUGCUCGCCGACAUGCGCACCAGGAACAUCAACUUGACGGCCUACAUCGCCAACACGCUCAUCCACGGCUGGGCCGCCGAAGACGCCAUCGGCAAGGCCGAGGAGAUCUACAUCGCGCUCGGCCGCCCCAGGCGUGAGCCGAGCACCUACGAGGCCAUGACCCGGGCUUUCCUGUCCGUCCAGGACCGCGAGGCCGCCAAGGCUGUUGUUAGCGAGAUGCUCACCCGGGGGUACCCGUGCGCCGUGGUCAACAAGGUGCUGGAGUUGCUGGGUGGCCCGCACACCGCCGAGGCUGCUUAA